AUGGCCGACAAGAAGCAGCACAUCGUCUUCUUCCAUCCUGAUCUGGGCAUCGGCGGGGCCGAACGCCUGGUGAUCGACGCCGCUGUAGGGCUGCAAAACCGCGGGCACAAGGUUACAGUCUUCACGUCGUUUUGCGACCCACGUCAUUGCUUUGACGAAGCGCGCGACGGAACCCUCGAUGUGCGCGUACGCGGAAAUACAAUAGUCCCUUCAACCAUUCUGGGCCGCUUUGCAAUCCUUUGCGCAAUCCUCCGCCAGGUGCAUUUGAUAGUGCAGAUCGCCCUGUUGUCCAACGAACUCCAGAAGCUCGCGCCCUCCUCAUUCUUUGUCGAUCAGCUCAGCGCUGGUAUUCCCCUCCUUCGUUUCCUGCUGCCUGGCCCACGCGUCAUCUUCUACUGCCAUUUCCCCGACAAACUGCUGGCGAAGAAGGGAGGAUUCUUGAAGACACUGUAUCGAGGACCUUUCGACUGGCUAGAGAGUUGGAGCACCGGCUGCAGCGACACCAUCGUUGUCAACAGCAACUUCACAAAGAGUGUGUUUGGCGAGGCCUUUCCAAGUCUGAAACAUCGCAAACCGGGCGUUAUCUACCCGUGCGUCGAUAUCAGCGCUGUUGACCCCGUCGAAGAGAUUAAGCCGUUAUGGAAAAACAAGAAGGUACUACUGAGCAUCAAUCGCUUUGAGAAGAAGAAGGAUGUGGCGCUCGCGAUCAAGGCGUACGCAGGGCUCUCGUUGGAGGAACGUAAGGAUACACGACUCGUCAUAGCCGGUGGGUUCGAUGCAAGAGUAGCAGAGAAUGUCGCUACGUACAAUGAGCUCUGCGAGCUAGCAGAUUCGCUAAAGCUCACGCAUGCGACUGCAAAGACCGUCAUCUCCGCCCAGCGCGUACUCGACGACAUAUCAAUUCUGUUCCUCCACUCCGUCCCGAAUGCGUUCAAGACCACUCUCCUGUCGACGUCCCGCCUACUGGUCUAUACACCGCGAAAUGAGCACUUCGGCAUCGUGCCGCUCGAGGCUAUGUUAGCUGGCACGCCAGUCCUAGCAGCAAACGAGGGUGGGCCCACAGAGACGGUCAUCAGUGGACAGACGGGUUGGUUACGAGACGUCAGCAAGGUUCAGGACUGGACAGAAGUGAUGCGUAUCGCACUGGAAGACGGCGACGGAGAACAGCGGUUGGCUGAGAUGGGCAAGUGGGGCAAGGAGAGGGUGAUCGCUGAGUUUUCGAAGGAGAAGAUGGCGGAGAGGCUCGAAUCGGAGAUCAACGACAUGGUCCGUAAAUCGGUGCGUCCACCCUUGGCACCAUCCGUCGCAAUCGUCUUCGGUGUUGGUCUGAUGGGUGCGCUGGCCGCUGGAAGCUUGUGGUUUGUUAUGAAGCAGGCGAACGUAAGCAGAUCAUGA